AUGGCCAUCGCUCCCACAUUCCUCCCUCCCCUUGCCAUCGCGCUCACGUUUCUCCCUCCCCUUGCCAUCGCGCUCACGUUCCUCCCUCCCCUCGCCAUCUCUCCCCUUCCCAUCCUGUCGUUCCGCCUCUCUCCCUGUCCAUCCUGUCAUUCCUCCUCACUGCCCUCCUAUCCCGUCGUUCUACCUCUCUCCCUUCCUGUCCCGUUCCCUUCCCAUCCCGUCGUUCCCGCUCUCUCCCCUCCCGUCCCGUCGUUCCGCCUCUCUCCCCUUCCUAUGCCGCCAUUUCGCCUCUCUCCCCUCCUAUCACGUCGUUCCUCCUUGCCUUGUUCAUCAUUUUUUUUUCCGUUCGUUCUUUUCUUCUGA